UUCCUCGACCGAGGUCGGCCGUCGGCCGAGUCCAUCUGUCUCCGUCUCCCUCGCACAUUCCGUGCCUCUUUCUCUCUUUCUCUCGCGUGAUCGUCUUUGCGCACGAGGUUCCCGACGUUCCCGUUUCGCACGAUUGCCGUUUGCCGAGAGUAAAACGCCCGACCGAUCGUUGGUCGCGAGAAGAGACCGGGAUCUCUUCUCGAGGUUGAGGGAUCGCAAUAACCUCGGUCGCUCCGCGACAUUCUGCCAUCUGCUGAAACCGCUGCCAAUUUCCGCGGCCGUUAUCUAUUUUCGGAGGAAUCGCGUCCAGCCAGUCCGACGAAUCCCGACGGAGGACUCCCAGCCAGUUUGGAGUCUGUGUGCCGCAGAGAGACCUGUCAGUGAGAACCAGCCGUUUAUAUUGUCGUAGAAAAGGUCCUUGUUCGCCGUCGAGCAAGAAUUUGAACCAGUGAGAUAUAUUUAGUUGCGAAAGUGAGACCGGAGAUCUCAAUUCCUGCCGCUAGGAUGUCUGGAAACAACGAUAGCUUUAAUAAUAAUACCUGCGUGGUGUGCUACAAGAAUGUCGACAUCUACAGCAUCGGCAUGUGCGAGCAUCCCGUAUGUUACGAGUGCAGCACUCGGAUGAGAGUGCUCUGUCGUCAGAACGAAUGUCCCAUUUGCCGUCAGGAUCUGCCAAAAGUUGUAUUCACGCGGGAGAUCAAGCCCUUCCACAGUUUGACUGGAACCAACCUGCUGGACACUCGAUACGACAUUUAUUUCAACAGCCUCGAUAUUCAAGAGAAAUUCACUGAAUUGUUAGCCAACACCUGCUCGAUAUGUAAGGAGAAGAUGGUCUUUAGCAGUUUCAACAGUUUAAAAGAGCAUAUGCGACAACGACACGAGCUGCAUUAUUGCGACCUAUGUGUGGACAACUUGAAGAUAUUUUCGAAUGAAAGACGUUGUUACACGAGAGCGAGUCUAGCCACGCAUCGGAGGAAAGGCGAUGUCGAUGAUAGGAGUCACAAAGGUCAUCCUCUCUGCGAGUUUUGCGAUCAGCGGUACAUGGACAACGACGAGCUGUACCGGCAUCUGAGACGCGACCAUCUGUACUGUCAUUUCUGCGACGCGGACGGCCUGCAUCAGUAUUACAGCUCCUACGACUAUCUCAGAGACCACUUCCGGCAGGAACAUUACCUGUGCGAGGAGGGGGUGUGCGCGGAGGAAAAGUUUACGAGUGUUUUUCGGACCGACAUAGAUCUCAAGGCACACAAAGCCAGCGUGCAUGGUAAGCAGUUGAGUAAAGCCGCCGCCAAACAGGCGAGAACGUUAGAGCUGGAAUUCACCUUGGCACCGCGCGGCGAGAAUCGGAUGAACAGGAGAGGUAUGCUGGGCGCGUCCACGUCGAGGAGCGCGAGGGAUUACAACGGCAGAGAUUACAGUUCCAGGGAUUACAAUUCCAGGGAUUACAAUUCCAGGGAUUACAAUUCCAGGGAUUACAGCUCCAGGGAUUACAGUUCCAGAGAUUACAGUUCCAGGGAUUACAGUUCCAGAGAUUACCAACAAAGCUCGGUACCUAGCGGUUCCAAUUCAUUCGUAUCCAACAACGAGCCUACCUUUAUGAGGCAGCCGUCCGUCGAUGUUCAAAGCACAGACGAAUUUCCCACGUUAGGUGGUAGUGCCGCUCCUAUCGUUCCCACUUUAGCUCAACCCAAAAGCAGAGGCAACGUAACGAUUCGCAGCACCGUGAGAAAUCAACCGCUCGCGGUAACGGAUGAAAACUUUCCGGCGUUAGGUCCGGAUUCGUCCGGUCCCAGUAUCUCGAAAACUGUGAACUUUAGCGUUUCCAGCAGUAGCAAUAGCACGGGAUCCAGCGGCUUGUCGCAGUGUCAGAAAGGUUCGACGUCUUCGAACGUCUCCAUACAAGUGAACCACGAACCCAACGGCACCGUCACCACCAGAGUAUCCGGGCCUAACAUCAGGAUACGUCCCGCACAGUUGUCGAUAGAUUCCGAUUUUCCUGCGUUGGGCAGCUCCGAACCGUCUACCAGUACUGCCAGUUCGACUCAAUGGAAGGAAGUCUUGCAAUGGACCUGCUCGAAAUCAGCAUCGGCAAACACGCCCAAGUCUAAGAAAGUCGCGCCGCCGCCCUCGAUACCAUCGGCGCCGCCCAUUCGAUCCGGCGAAGACUUUCCGAGUCUGUCCAAGUCGUCAAAGUCGAAAAAGCAAUCGGUAAUUACGGUAGUACCGUCAUGGGGACAGAAUAACGUCCAGAGUUCCAGUAUUAGCAACAACACCAAAACAACGAUGGAUCAAACAAAGGGUAAGACGAAGAAGAAAAAAGCGAAGCAGGCUUCGAGCGGUAAUAGUUCGAGUGGUAACGAGUCCAGCGGCUCCAAAUCGAAUAUAAAUACUGUUAUAACGAAGAAGGACAUCGAAUUGUCGCAUACCGGUGACUCGGACAACUCUCGUGUUGCUUCUAAGGCGAAUUUGCAAGCCACGCAGGAUACCAACAAUGCGAGUGCCGAUAAUAGCAUGUCCAAGAAUUCGAGGGAGUGGGAACACGCGAGCAAGAAGGAUAAGAGAAAGAACAAGAACAACGCGAACGGAAGUUCGGGAAUCGCGACCGUUAUAAAUACGGAAUCCGGAAGCGGAGGCAAUGGUUCUUCGAACGGGGAGAAGCAGAGGAAGCGCAGCGAGCUGAAGAUAGAUAGCCUGAACACGACCAACAAUAAUAUCCAUCGGACGGAGGACUUUCCCGCUUUGGGUAGCACGAGUAGCAGACCGCCAGGCUUCACGAAUCCGCCACCCGGUUUUGCUUCGCCGACCUUACCGCCACCCGGUUUCUCCAUCAAGUACAACAGCCUCGACGGGCUGCACGGUGGCAACGGCUUGACGUUCACAAACAGCUCCGGCGAGAGUUAUUCCAUCCUACCGGACAACAGCAGCAAGCAUGAAGCUCACGACUACGUGUCACCGCCCGAUUUUCAAAAACGGAACACUUGUCUGGUGGCGAAGCUCAACGCGGUCCUCGUGGACCAGGACAAGAUCGAGGAAUUCCGUUACGUGAGCGGCCUCUUUCGCGGUGGCACCUGCGACGCCCAGGAGUAUUACACGCACUGUCGCGAAGUUAUGGGCGCCAGUGCCUUCGAAAGCGUGUUCCCCGAACUCCUGGUACUGUUGCCGGACAUCGUGAAGCAACAAGAGCUAUUCAAAGUGCACAAGAGGGAGGCGGGCGGCAAGGCGAAAGGACUAGAGAUGUGCGCAACGUGCGGUCAGGUUCUCAAGAACGGUCUGGAUUUUAGAACGCAUAUGUCCAGUCACACGCUCGAGAACCAUUUCCCGGCGCUGGGUAAGAGCAAUACGCCACCGCCGAGGAACACGUGGGUACGUAAAUGAGUCAAUUAUCCUCCCUCAUCGAUCAUCGUCGUGUUCGUCGUUCCGGAGCACUUGGACAAGCCGAACAUCCGCACGCCCAACUGCUGAAAACGGUUGUAAAUAUGUAACUCUUGUUUUUAUACCAUCAUACCGAGAUUGGACCUGUUGCGUUUAUCCGAUACGUAAUACGUAAUAUUUAUUCCAAGAGUCAAUCGAUCCUUAGUGUUAAAGAACGAAAUGUGCAUAGAACUAGCGUUGACUAUUCGCAAUAGACUUGAUACCUAUUGAGUGAAUUCCGAGGCAAUAUUGAUUGAAUUAAAAAAAAAAAAAGAAUAUUAUAUACCUUGUAGCAAAUUCGGGCGCUUGCACUAGUGCGCACUGAAUGCGCACUAAAACUUGUUUAUAAUCUGUUCUCUUAUAUUUUAAGUCGCUUAAAUACAUGGUCAAAAACUUAUUAGUAAAUAAAAAAAUCAUAUAGAUGCUUACAGAUCAUUUUACUGGCUAAAAAGUAUUUCAAGAGAUAUUUAAGAUGAUCUGUAAAUAAGAAUUGCCUAAGAAUAAGCCUUAGUGCGCACUCGGUGUGCACUGAUGCAAGCGGUCGAAUUCGCUAUCAGAGAGCUUUUACAGGCGGUUAUAUUUAGGUGUAACGCUUCGAGACCAGCGUGAUAAAGGGGAGAUAAAAUAUUUUUUUGUAUAAUAAACUGAAAAAUAUAUAUAUAAAGAGAGAGAGAGAAAGAGAGAGGAUACUGAAUAUAUGAAAAGUCUGUUACAAGUUAUGAAGAGUGGACGUAUGCGUAUAUUAUAUAUGUAUAAUGACGUCGCGCACUAAUGGUUUCAACGAUUACCUACUUUUACUGCUGUAUUUUAAGACCGUGUACAUAAAAGUUCGUAAAUAGAAGCGUUCCUUCCUAUAAUUUAUUUGCUAUUUCUCGGAAUAGAGAUGAAAUAGAGAUUGCUGUGCUAUAUACGAAAGAAUAACACCAUACUUUAACAAGUCAAGUUUGAUACGUUAUACAUUAUACAGUACUUGUAGCACCACCGUACUGUUUUGUACCGUAACAAAGUUGUACAUUUAGUUAACACGACAAUACAUGAUUUUGAUGAGCGAG